GACAGGGAUGUGCAGAUCCAAUAUUUAUUUUCCAUUACAUUAUAAUGAAUACUAUACAGAAGUUAUGGUCACCAUCAUCUGCAUUGAAGCAGUCAGCACUCAAAAACAGCUACUCCGUAACGUACGCUAUGUUGUGAUAUACAAUAAAACGCCUGUCUCUUUAAGACUAAGCGUCGAUGUGUUGAGAAGUUCAAGUUGGGGUCACUGUAAGUUCUUGCCCUCGACUUUACCUUUUAGUUUUACUGUAGACUGACAUCAGCCGAGGCGCUAAAACACUCGCGAAGCCCAAAAGCCCAUGAUCAUCUCCAGCCGCGUUAUUACGUCCAUGCAAAAAUAGUCAAGGAUAUUACAAAACAUACAAAAAACGAGGAAAACGUAUUCAGGAGUACACACGUAUUUUUAUUGGAGGAGUGAGUGAGUGAGUGAGUGAGCGAGAGAGAUAGAGGGAGGAGAGAGAGAAAGAGAGAGAGAGCAAGAGGGAGGGUGAGCAACACGAAAUUCAUUGCAAUUAAUAAUAAAAAAGAGUUGGCAGUCGUGCUCGGAAAACUGGCAUGGUUUUUGGGAGGCUGGCAGUUCAAAGUUGAAACGUCAGAAAUGACUCCAAAAGACUGUUGAGAUGAUCAUUGAGGGAGACUUAGAUCGGAUGGCAGAAGAGAUCGGGCAUCCAGGUAUUGGUCUGAAGUCGAUGCUGGAUGCCAUGGAAGUCCAAAGUCAUGCUAAGCACCUCCUCUUGCAGUUGAACACACAACGUACCAAAGGCUUCUUGUGUGAUGUUAUCAUCGUGGUGCAGAAUGCCUUGUUCCGUGCUCACAAGAACAUCCUGGCAGCCAGUAGCCUCUACCUUAAGUCUCUUGUUGUUCAUGACAACCUCAUCAAUCUGGACCAUGAGAUGGUCAGUCCAGGUGUGUUUAGAGUCAUUCUUGACUAUAUCUACACAGGACGCUUAAGUGAAGGUGACCCCACCUCUCCAUCUGAGCCAAAUAUAGGAGCAGUGUUGGCGGCUGCAAGUUAUCUGCAGCUGCUGGAUCUGGUGACUCUAUGCAAGAAGAAGCUGAAAAGAAAUGGGAAGUACCAUUUACGUCCCAACCCUGGGUUUUUACCUUACAAGAUAAACUCCAGUGGCAUGGGAGGAGGAAGGAUUCGAAUAUCUACCCCUGUCAUCCAUUCCUGCUACCCUGGAGGAGUAGUUAGCACCCCUCGACCUACACCAUUAGAGGACCUGGCCCCCCUCUCACUGGCCCCUCAUGCUGGAGAACUUUAUGCACCAGCUCCCACCCAGGGCCCACCACCUUACCCCCCAGCUAAGACAUCCCUGUCGCCUCAGUCAGGUCUGCACCCGAAUGAAAGGAGCUGCUCAUCCGUCUAUGGACUUGACCUGUCCAAGAAAAGUCCAAGUUCCCAGUCCCAGCUUCCUUCUGGUCAAGCCCAUUCAAUCUCCUCACUCCACCCAGAAGAGGAGGCAGAGGGGGAGCUAGAUCAAAGAACUAGCCCCCUGCUUAGUCACAACGAUGGCACCAGAAAAAUGGAGACAGCUCAUCAUUUGGGGUCUCUCACCCCACAUCCUUUCCCUCUACCCAACCAUCCCCUUGCACCCCAUCCUCCCCACCUUCACCAUUCUCAGGGCCAAGAAAUGUACCCUUGCCCUCCCAGCCCAGAACCCAUGGAGGACUCCAGAGAACAAGGCAGAGAUGGGUCCAACAUCUAUCGUUGGGUGAAGAAUGAACCUUCCAACCCAGAGGAUGAAGAUGAAGAAGACGAAGAGGAUGAGAGUGGAGGAAUCGGUGAGCAGGAUAAAGAGAGACACCAGAACAUGAAUCACCAAAAGAACAGGGAGGAAAAGCUGAACAUGAAUGAGCGGGGCUAUGACAGAGGGACCUGCGAUGAUGGAGAGGAUGAGAAUGGGACUGGCAGCGAAGAGACAGGGAGCAGUGAGGGUCGUCCAUCUCCCCCUGUUCCUGGUGGAAGAUAUCAUAUGCCAUACGAGCCAGAAAGUUUCGGAGAUAACUUGUAUGUGUGCAUCCCCUGUGACAAAGGCUUCCCCAGCUCAGAGCAGCUCAAUGCACAUGUGGAAACUCAUACAGAGGAGGAGCUUAACAAUGGGAGUGAGCUGGACAACAACAGCAACACCAAACUUACCAAUGCCCAUGGACCUAGAAGCUUGAAUAGCUCUAGUGGCCUUCACAGUCCUUUCCUAGAUAGCAAGACGCAAAACCUCCAUUCCAUUGGCUUCGGGGAGAUAAUAAGACCAUAUCGCUGUUCGUCCUGUGACAAGUCUUACAAAGAUCCUGCCACCCUGAGGCAACAUGAGAAAACCCACUGGCUUACACGCCCAUACCCCUGUAGCAUCUGUGGCAAAAAGUUCACCCAACGUGGUACCAUGACACGCCACAUGCGGAGCCAUUUGGGCCUAAAACCCUUUGCCUGUGAUGCCUGCGGCAUGCGCUUUACGCGACAGUACCGUCUGACAGAACACAUGCGCAUCCACUCUGGAGAGAAGCCUUAUGAGUGCCAAGUGUGCGGUGGCAAAUUUGCUCAGCAACGCAACCUCAUCAGUCACAUGAAGAUGCACAACAGUGGAACAGGUGGCGGAGGAGUAACUCCUGAUGGCAAUCUUAAGAUAGACUUCUCUGAGGGGAUUUAUCCCCUGAGCAAGUACACAGCUGAGCAUCUGGGUCUGAAGCAGGAGAAAACCUCAGACCUUCUUACAGCCUCUCAGCACCUGCUGGUUGACGCUAAAGUCAUGGAGAGCCUCUACCCACUGUCAAAGCUGGCUGUGGAACACCUCGGCCUUAACCACAACAAGAUGGACGUCCUGAACCAGCCACUGCCACCCACUUCCCAGCAGCUCUCGGCAGAGUCCCGCACCAUUGACUGCUACUCUCCCAGCUAGAUGGGGGAACCACUAACUAUAUUUUCCAAAGAGACAUCACUGUAUACGAUUCACAGUAUUCAACUCUCACCUCAUCUUCAUUUGAACCUGCACCUCAAAGAGUGGAGGCCAGAAAGUGUUGGCCAUAAAAAUGCACACAAACUGUUUAAUUCUGAACGUGCCUUUCUAAGCAGAUUUUUGCAGUAUGUGCGUUUCUUAUAAUUACUUUCCUACAAGGAGGAAACUGCUUUAUUUAUAAUCUGUUUUGACCGUUGGACACUCAGAAAAUGCAGUAUUUAUAUAAAAACAACUUAUUUUUUGUUCAAUCACCGAGCCAGACAACCAGUUGAAAACCAAAAAGAGAUUGUUUUUAUUUAUUUUUCUUUACAUUUAAAUUUUUUUUUUUAAUGUUGUUGGAAAAGCCAAAGAGAAAAUGUCAAAUGUUACAGAAGAUCGUUGCAAUCGUACCCUAAACCUGUGUUAUAAGUAUUAUUGGUGUAUAUAGAAUGAAAAAGCACAUAUGAACAAUAAUCAGGGCUUCUGACCAGAAUGGAGAGGGAAAUCUGGACGAAAGAAAAAGCCAAAUCUUUGGGAUUUUAUUAUAAUUUGAGGACUUUUAUAGACUAUUUUUUUGGAGUACUGGAUCACCUGUAUCUGAUUUUCCAGCUUUGUGAAUGGCCCAGUUUUUUUCCAUACUAAAGGGAGGAACUAACUGAAGAGUGUGUUUGUUCCAGGACUUAGGUAAAGUGAUCUAAGAUUUUCUCUGCAUUGAUGUAGUUAUUCCCUUUAGUACCAUUUAUAUUUUUUUUGUUACCUUCAGGUGUAUGGUCUCGAGCUAUUUAGUGUCUUUGUUCCCUUUCCUGUCCUCCAAUGCCAAGUGCCUUUAGCUUAUUGAAAAAGUAGCAAGUACUGCCCUGUGAUCUCACAACUGGAAUAUCUUUGUGCAUAUUCCAAUCACGAUAUAACAAUCCAUGUC